AUGCCUCAACCAACUCCGACCGAAAUCACUAUAAAAGGUUUACAAGAACAAGUCAAAGAAUUAAACGAAAUAAUUUCUGGUUUAGAUUCUAAAACUUCACCAAAACUUAAAACUGAAUUAUCAUCAGACAAAGAAACUGAAUUAUUAAAAAUAGAAAAUUCCAAAUUAAAAUAUCGAAUUAAACAUUUAUUAAACAGUUUAGAUAAAAAAGAUGAUGAAAUCUCAAAAUUGAAAAAUCAACUGGAAAAAUUGGAUUGA